UUUUAUUUUAAUAAUUUUGAAAGGAUAUGCAGUCAUGCAUAUAAAGCUGUUUGUUAUAGAAUUAUCUUUUAUAAUCAAUAAUACAGUACAUGUACUUAAUUGACUGCAUCAGGAUAUUGAAAUUCAUUUACAUGUUUUCAGAAACAGAAAAAUGAAGAUCUUACAAAUUGGUUAUAAUGACAAGUUUCCUCCAUGAAUAGAUUUAGAUAACAGAACCCAAAAUGGAUGGUCAACCAUCUUUAGAGGCUGUGAUGGGUUCCAUUCAGUCCCAGCUGGAGAGGGGUUUAAGGGAGGGUAACAAGUUGGCGGCCCAGAGUGCCAUCGCACACUUGCAGAAAAACCAGAGUAGCCAUAGUCAGAAAAUAAAAUUGGAUUACAUGGGAGAAAAACGUGUAUUGACUGUACCUCGACCAGUGAUGUAUGACAAAGUUUGUGCCAAGAUUCGGGAGAUGUAUGGAUUUGAUAUGAAUAUAGCCUUUACACAAUCAAAUGGAGAGCUAAGAAGUCCAAUUUGCAAUCAAAAAGACCUUGACAUAGCAAUUAGCCUGGUGGAUAAAAAUGAAAGAUCUACAAGUCUUCGCUUAAUCUUGACCUCUCCUACUGGACAAGGUCAUGGGCAGGUGCGGCGCACAGGUGCCCCCUCCAUAGAUACUGGUUACUCUUCCAUUAGAUCUCAGGGUCGAGAUUUAGAAUCCCCCAGUCCUCCACCAGGAUCGCUGCCCCACAACUUCAGUCACAGUGUAUCAUGUAACUCCAUCAACAGCGAGGGAGAAUUUAUCCCAGAAAGUGAUGAGACUGUUUACAGAAGUCCUGAUGGUUCAAUAGGAGAGAGUAACAUAUCACUAGACAGCAAUUACUUGAGCUCUUAUGGUGGUGAUACCUUCCCACUGAGGGGGCGUAACAGUUCACGCAGAAGUAUUUUACCGGGUGAUAGAGAUGAUGAACCUCGAAAUCAAUUUGGGACAUUCCCAAGAAGUAUGGGCUCUCUGUCUCAACAAAUGGUGGAUGGUCCAAGUACAUUUCCACGGAUAAGACCCACGGUCAGUUCCCGGCCAGACCUCAGUAACAGUCUACGGUCGGUGAUGUCGUCCAGGGGGAGUGAAGGUACCAUGUCCACUGUCAGUUCCAGUAGUAACAGCAGUGGCUUUCCUCCAGACCAUGACAUGGAUUCUCCAGAUGGACGCAACAUGAUCAAAAGAAACAGUGAUCUGGAUAGUCCUGUAUAUGCAUUAGCAGAUCUCUCAUUAUCAAAAUCCCCACGUUGUCCUGUGAAUUGGAAGGCAGGUGCCAUGUUGGGAAGUGGAGCAUUUGGUGAAGUGUAUGUUUGUCAUGACAAAGACACAGGCAGAGAUUUAGCCAUGAAAGUAGUUCGAUUAGAACACAUGAAUGCUGAAACAUCCAAGGAAGUCCGUGCUUUGGAAAAUGAAAUUCAUCUGUUGAGGAACUUUGAACAUGAGAGAAUUGUCUCAUACUUUGGUUGUGCACAAGACAAACAAUCAUUAUAUAUCUUUAUGGAAUACUUACCAGGAGGUUCUAUUAAAGAUGAAAUCACAAAGUAUGGAUCUCUGACAGAAAAUGUGUCCCGAAAAUACACAAAACAAAUGUUAGAGGGUCUGGCCUACCUCCAUAAAAACGUAAUAGUACAUAGAGAUAUUAAAGGUGCUAAUAUACUGCGAGAUGGCAAUGGCAACAUUAAGUUGGCUGAUUUUGGUGCCUCUAAGCGACUUCAGACGAUUGUCAGUGCAACUGGGCUGCAUUCUGUUGUGGGCACUCCUUACUGGAUGUCUCCAGAGGUUAUCAAUGGUGAAGGCUAUGGGCGCAAGGCUGACAUCUGGAGUGUGGGUUGCACCAUUGUGGAAAUGUUAACUACCAAACCUCCAUGGGCCGAAUACGAGUCUAUGGCUGCAUUAUAUAAAAUCGCAAUGGAGAAGAAACCAAAAUACGCAUUGCCAAAUCAUGUUUCAGAACUCUGUCAUGAUGUUCUUAUUAAAACGUUUGAUCGAAAUCCGAGCACACGGCCAACUGCAAUAGACUUGUUAGGUCACAGGUGGAUAUCUGGGUAAUGACAUGGAGUAUUAGUGGUGUGUUGCAGACACUUUCUAGGAAGACGUGUUCAUCUGCAGCACUUUCAACUGAAACUAGAAGUGUUUAAAGGGAGUUAUCUUUGUCAAACAAAGCAUACAUCUCUUGGUGUUUCUCCUGCAGAAAAUCCAGGGAUUGUAAUUCUGACGUAUCAAGGAGUAUUGAAUACCCACAGAAGUCUUUCAAGAAUGGUGUACCAGAAAUACUGAGCCGUAUCAGAAACGUCUAAUCAAGUUCCUUGGAUUUGGUAUGCAGGAUUGCUGUUUAAGUUUCUGAUGGGCAUAUCCUAGCUUUAAAGCAAGAGUGGUGAAUCAGAGCAUCAGAACGAGGGAUAUGUCUGAAUAGACAGACUCUGUGAAUAUAAGUAUUAAGAAGCUACUGAUGGUACUUUAAUAUUCAAACCCACCUUCUCAUUGUAAAAGAUUACAACCUUCCAUCUCAUUAUUUUUACCUUAUUGGAAAACCAUCAGUGAUUAAAAAAUCUGUUUUAUUUGAUCAGCAAAUUACCAGCUGAAAUGUGCAAACAUUGGGCAGAAGAUACUAUGCAUCCAUUUUGUUUUUUCUAAGUUACUGUAUCUUUAUAUUAUGGAAGAUGAAUUUCCAGUAUUUUCUCUAGUCUUAGCAUGAAUUUGGAAAGAAAUUUUAGCAUGUUUUUGUAUUGAUAUAAUGAUUCUGCUAUUUGACAGGUCUUGUAAUUUUUCAUAGAGAAAGUUUGAUGAUAAAAAAAGAAAGUUUGAUGAUAAAAAAAACCUGGAACUGAUUCCGUCAAGAUUUGCAUGCACCAGUGCUCUAUUGAGAACCUUUCUUGUACAUGUACAUUUUAAGGGAUUUUUUAUGAUAAUGAACAAAAAUCAUCGAAUUUUUGAGAUUAUAAAACAAAAUGUUGCACUAGUGAAAUAUGAUAUUACAGUUUCAGUACUUCUGAUUCAAUUGUAUACUCCUUUUGUACAGAGUAUUUUGCAGCAUACAAGAUGUUCAUUUUAUCUAACACCACUGGCCUCUAUUUGGAAUACAUGUGUCAUUUUUCAUCGCAUAAAAUCAUGCUACGAACAUGUUCUGUUGGUCUGCUGUUAGAAAAAUAUAAUAUGUACAUGCCUUUGUUAGGACACCUGAGAAACGUGACUGCUAUUCAUGAGUUCUCCAUUUCUUAUGUUCUUGAAGUGAAUUGGAAUCUACUAAGUCAAUGUUUGCUAUGAAUUACAGCAUAUUAAUUAUAUUAUAGCAGAGGGAGUUUAACCUGGCUACAAGAGUUGUUUGUUUAAACUGCCUGAUGUUUCAUAGGUGCAAUGAUUUUUCUUAGGAACUUUUGGGCAUUAUUCCCGUUCUGUAUUAGAUGAUUUUGUAAGCUGAAGAUGGCUAUGAAAAUAUACCUCUAGUAUGCAAGUUCAGCAGAAUUUUUUAGCAUAUUUAGCCAUGACAUCCAAUGGCAGUUUCAAGGUAGUUUUAUUUAAACUUGAUGUCAUAUGUGUUGAUUGGUCAGAGUUAUGCAAAUAGGGUACAAACAUAUUUUUUCUACACUGUUAAUGACUAGAUGAUAUCCAAUUCUUUAAAAUAUUUCUAAGAGUGUCGUUUUAAACUAUUUUUGUAAUAGAAAUUAGUUUUGGCUGCCUGCAUUGAUUGAAAGAAAAUCAGAUUUAUGGAUUUAUUCAUUAAAGAGGAGUUGUUGAAUGAAAUUCCAUUACAGUUUUUCAUUAGUACUAAACAUUCUGUCAGUUCUGAUCUAUUUUCCUACUACAUGUACACCAUCUAACACAAAUUAUUCAAACCAAUGGGGAAAACAUGCAACAAUACAUAAGGAACACUUUUUUCAUCAGGAGUGCAUUUAUAUGAAGUAUUUGCAGUAUUGUCUAUUCUGUUAUUAAGGAUUUCACAUAGUGAGUUAAGUAAGGACUGUGUAUCGCAUAAACCUGUUUUGUUUCCCAAGCUGAGGGACUUGGCUAUGUGAAUAUGAUCAUGUAUAUACUAAUCCCAUGUCUAAAUUAAUACAGUUUCUUCAUUUAUGUUCUGAGGCAACACAAUUGAAUGUCAGAAAACACAUCAAACCUAGGGAUACUUGAUUCAAAUGAUUUUGAGUCGGUCCAUCUGGGCGUAUUUUGGGAGAAAGAAGGUGAUUACUCCACAGUUUGUAGGUGCAUAGAUUGAAUUUGUGUCAAUGUUGUUGCAAUAGUAAUCAUCAGUCUUCCAGCUGUUUCAUUUAUGAAUUUGAAAGAAAACGUGCUCUUAAAAUAUAACAAAAACCAGAAAAUUUUGGUAGGGUUCUUAAUGAUUUAUAUAAGUAUAUUACCUUUUAAAUGUGGAUAGAAAAUACAUGUGUACCAAGUUUUGUGGGUUCCAAGUGAAACAAGUUUUUCUAGGUGAGAGCUUUCCGAAAAUCUAAGACUGCUGUUUUGGUCUACCAAUUUUUCAUAUACAAAGAAUCUGGUAACAUUGAUACAAAGCACUCUCUGAUUGAUUGAUGCACAGUCCUGACUUUCUGUCUUUGCAUAGGUAUGCAUUGUAUAUGACAUUUGUAUAGUUUUGAAAUAUUUUAAGUAUAAAUAGUAGCUAAACCUGAUGAAUUUCACAAAGAAUGUGAUAGAUGGAAGUAAAAACUCCAAGUCCCAGUGAUUGUAUGUAUAUAAGUGUAAAUAAUAUGUACAGUGUUCAUAUACUAAGCAAUGAAAUACAGUCUAUACUUAAUUUUACAGGCUUUAAUGGCAAGUAUUAAUCUGAACUGUUCUAGUGAAACACAACUAACAGCUUAACUUCAGGAAAAAGGGGAAAUAAUGGAAAAUAGUGGAAAAUGUUUUCAUUUCAUUUUAUUUUUUUAGCAUUGUUUUGGGAUAUGUAAAUGUUAGUUUAAAAUUGAUUUUUUCUAAAAACUUUUAAACAGGUUUUUUUGAAAGAAAUGACACCAUAAAUUCUUAUAUUUUAUACUAUAUGAAAUAUUUUGAAGAUGUAUAUUUUGCAGUGGAAAGACAUAUUAAACAAUGUUAGUUGUGUUGAACACCUUUUUUAAAUGUAAGAAAAUGCUGGAUGAAAGUGUAUUAAUCAACCGAGUUCACAAUAUAAAUGUUCAUAAAAGAUGUCAGCUCAUUGUAUAUGUACAUAAAAAUUUGAAUGAAUGGAUGUUAAGAACAAAUUUUCUAUCAUAUUAAGUUAUAUAUAUAUAUAUACACACACAUACAUUUAUAUAUAUUAUAUAUUCUAUAGAUCAGUUAUUAUUAUAAGAUAUUAUUAUUUUGUAUGCUAAUCAUGUGUCAGUUGAUAAACAGGCACAUAAUGUCAUUUCCAAUAUUUUACGUAAUAAAGUGUCCUAACAAAAUCCAUUUUACAAAAUAUGAAUUUUUAGAGUUGACAAGUUUUAACUUAUUGUUAUAUGUAUGAUUAUUAUUGGAAUUAUUUUAUUGAAAGAAACUGUUUAUUUUUAUUUCUAUUAUGAGUAUUAAUUACUUGGAAUUCUUUUGAAAUUCAGUGAAUUUUAACUUGACAUACUGGUAUGUUGAUAUUUGAAAACCAAGGAAGUAGAAUAUUUUGUAAAGUCAAUCAAUAAUUAGAUGGAAAUGGAAUUACAACUGAAGUUUCAUAAAUUGGCAACAUAAAAGUGUUGAGAGCUCAAAAGAAUUGGAAGCUCCUUUAACUUGUUAUAACUUCGCCUGUGAUUAAACUGAACAUUUUUGUUGAACAUUAUGCAAAUCAUGAAACUUCAUCACUUGCGUCAUUUGUGCCUUAUUUUUAUACACCAAUAAAUUUGUGUAUAAGCAUGAA